AUGACCGCAUUAGCAAUCAUGGCCGGUCCCGGAAAUUACAACAAGCUCGUGAGACUUGUCUUGCUGAACGGCGUGGGCGGAAGAGGUGUUGCUAAUGAAAGGCUCGUAGCCGUGCGAAUGGAGGCUGUCCGCAAUAGUCAAAGCACAGAUUUUGGAAAGGAUGGAGCAAGACCAAGAGAAGACCGGCUGGAUUGGAAACUUGUCGGUGGUCUGACUCUGAGCGGUUUAAUAGAGUAUCGAAGUCCGCUGUCGGGUAAAAGCCAUGAUUCGAAGAGACUGCAGGCGUUCGCGUUGGAGCUGGAUUCCUCAGCGCGUGAGAUCAAGACCCGGUUGAAACUCGCUCUUACCAUCGGCAAAGCGAGUCCCUCAGGCUGUAAGAGGAGACUAGAAGAGAAGAAGGAGACAUCUCGAGCCCGCUCCUUAUUCUUCGUCAAGGUCUUCUACAUCUUCCUUCUUUGGGAGUUAUGGAUCAGGCCAAAUGAACCCCAAGAUGACACCGCUUCUUAG